CAUUUUUCGGUGCAACAGAAAAGAUCCAUUUAACACGUCGUCUCGUCCCCCUUCUUCCUUCUCCCUCCAACGACUCGGUGUGUCGCGUUCGCUGCAAACCCCCCAAAAAAACGCAACGCACCGAGUAAUCCGGCGCAGCAGCUCGCACAACCACAACCCCCCCUCCUCUCCUCUCCCCGCGCGACCAGCUCGAACGGAUGCGAGGCCACGCCACGGGUCCCGAGUAGGGAACCCCCCCUUCCACGCCCCCCCCGGCAAUGUCGGCGCACCACCCGCCGCACGGCAUCGCCGCCGGGGACGCCAGGAAGGCCCACCACCUCGGCGGCGACCCCAAGAACCUGUCGUGGUGCGGCGUCGGCGUCGGCGACCACCAUUUCCUCCCCAGGAAGCUCGUCGGGGGCGGCGGCCCCUCCGCGGCGAAGCUCGCGCUCGUGUCCUUCCUCGCUGUCAUCCUCGUCCUCGCCGUCGACCUGUCCCUCACCGGCGCCGGGGCGAACCGGCGGCUGCGGCUCCAAUACCUGCAUUACAUCGGCGACGGCGGCGGGGGUGGCGGUGGUGGCGGGGUUGGUGGCGGUGGCGAAGAGGCCAAGAACAACGAGCUUCCUUGGCUCUCAGUGCCGGACCCGUCCAACUUCACGGAGGAGCUCAUCGACCGGUGGCUGACGCCCGGGGGGACUCCGUGCCGCGACUCCCGUACGGCGAACAUCUCCAUCCCUGUUCUUGACGACGCCGCGGCGGCGGGCGAGGUGACCACGCUGGGCUCCGCCGAGAUCCACGAGUUCACGUUCUGGGCGCUCGACGACGCCGGCCAGCGGCGCUGCCUUGGCGGGGACUUCUUCGAGAUCGAUCUCGCCGGGGACGAGUGGAAGUCGCGGCCCCCCGUCGUGGACCACGGCGAUGGCUCCUACUCCUUCCGCCUCCAGGUCGCGCCGCGCUUCGCCGAGGGGGAUUUCCGCCUCACCAUCAUCCUCCUGUUCCGCAGCUUCGAGGGCCUCAAGUUCUCCUCCCUGAGGUUCAAGUACCACGCCGAGAUGCGCCGGAUUCCCCUCCUGUUCGGGCCGAGCAACUCCACGCGCUUCCUCCCGGCAUUGGAGACCUGCCGCGCCGCGGACUUCGCGCGCGACGUGUGGUCCGGCCGCUGGACGCGCCUCGCCAAGAACGACAGCUGCGAGGAGGUGGACGACGCCGGCAGGUACCGGUGCCUGGAGCCGCAGCACCCAUGCGAGGCGCCAUGGUGCGCGGGGCCACUGGGCGCGCUGGAGAGCAACGGGUGGGUCUACUCGGCGCACUGCUCGUUCAGCCUCUUCACGGCCGACGCGGCGUGGCGGUGCCUGGACGGCAAGUGGCUCUUCUUCUGGGGCGACUCCAACCACGUCGACACCAUCCGCAACCUCCUGACCUUCGUCCUCGGCGUCACGAACACGUCCGCCGUGACGCGCCGGUUCGACGCCGCGUUCACGAACCCCAGUGGCGGGCCGGGGACUGUGAGGAUCACGAGCAUUUUCAAUGGCCACUGGAACAUGAGCAUGAACUAUCUUGGUCUGCAUUCCCUCCGGAACAAGGGGUUCCAGCGUCUUGUCCGUUCAUACUUCUUGGCUGAGGACCGUGCCCCGGACAUUGUCAUCCUCAACUCUGGCCUGCACGACGGGUGCUACUGGACCAGCGUCCGCGCAUAUGUGCAGGCUGCUGAGUAUGCUGCACAAUUCUGGGCUGGAGUUAUGGCUGAAGUGCGGUCGCGUGGGCAUGCCGUGCCGAGGAUGUUCUACCGAACGACCAUCGCGACCGGCGGGUAUGCUCGGGACCUGGCAUUCAAUCCUAGCAAGAUGGAGGCGUUCAAUGGGGUGCUCGUCGAGAAGUUGAGGCGUCAUGGGGUGCUCACUGGUGGGUUGAUCGACAACUUCGAUAUGACCUUCCCAUGGCACUAUGACAAUCGUUGCAAUGAUGGUGUUCACUAUGGGCGUGCACCGGCGAAGUUGUUAUGGCGGGAUGGCAAGGUCGGGCACCAGUAUUUCGUGGACCUCAUGCUGGGGCAUGUGCUCCUCAAUGCCAUCUGCAAUGGAUGAAGGUUCUUGCUUCCAUGCUCAGUAAGUUUGUGCGGCUCAAUCGUGUACACUAGAGUAGGAUCCUCAGGGAAUUGAAUUUGCUUAGAUGAAAUUACUGGCAUUGAAUCAAUUCCAGUUCCUGAUAUCAUGUGUACAUCGGAUAUGGGGGUGGGGCCUUAGCUGAAGCAUGUAUAGUGAGACAUCUGAUCUUUCGGCUAUGUUGUUGGUUGGGAUUUACUCUAGUGGGCGAGGAAGAUCGAGUUCGAUCGGAGCUAGCUAUGAGUGAAAAUCAGGUACAUGUAAAUACAUACCAAGGCUGCUUGAGGAGGCUUAAUGGAUAUACGAAUUUAGUAGGUUAUAUGGUAUUGUUUGUUCCUAUAUACUAGUAACGUUCAGUUGCUUAUUGUUA